CACAAGCCCUGCAGAUUUGCUUUUGCAUGCAAAUCAUGACCUCCAACUAUGCGCGCCUUUCUUUUCCUAACUACUUUACUCCAAAGUUCACAUACAGAUUGAUUACUGCCUACCCAAGAAAGGGAUGUUCCUUGAACACACUUAUCAGAGUUCAAUCAACUGACAGGCUUGCCCUUGAUCAAACACCUAUUGCUGUAGCACAAGACCUGCAUUGUCAAAAGUCAAAACAGAAAGGGAAGGGUCAAUUGGGAAUAUGGUAAUUAGGAUUCCAAUUGGAAUGCAUCACAAGUGAUCGAUCCGGAAGAAAGUUGCAGCAUCAAACAAAUACUAGCUUUAGAUAUAUCGAUCUUCAUCUUCAGCAAACAAAAAGCAACACAAUUGGAAUGGUAGGAUUCCCCAGCAAAAGAACUAUGAAGUCCACGUGCAAAAGUAGGUGAUAUGAAAAAUAGUUGCCAGUUCUAUAAUCAAAUCUCUAAUGGUUCAUAUAUAUUAAGGAAGGAAAGCUUUAAAGUAAAAUAUGGCUCCUAAGAGAAGCAAAACGAACACAGCUUGAAAACACAAAAUAAUCUUUAUAUAUAUCUAAAGGUUCUCUUUGUCAGGUCAGUGAUGCCUUAAUGAUACUAGCUGAUAAUGCCCUGUUUGGUUAUUCAAAUCAAAAGGAUGAACCCAAAAUUAAAAUUUGCAUUGAGCUGUGGAACCAAAUUCAUGAUAUCUUGGUAACCAAACUAAUCAUAAUUUGAGAAUUAAGGUAUGGCAGAGGUUCACUUUCCUACUCUAGAAAAAGCUCAAGGCUUCCCUCCAUUUUUUGGUUUGGAACUUUAAAGAAGUGGCAGGCAUCUCUUCAUCAAGACAUUCCUUGCUUCUCCAAAAAUAACAAUAGCACCACUGUGCAAGAGAAAGAACCUCUACUCUUUCUUCUUCUUUUAUCCUUGUAAAUUGUGUUCCUUCCUUUAUACAACUUCUUUGCUUCUGAAGCUAGUUUUGGAUCACUUGUGAGGUGCUACUUCCUCAUAGAUUCUCCCAGCAGCCAAGAUGAAGCUGGUGGUAGAAGUUGUAGAUGCUCAUGAUCUUAUGCCCAAAGACGGAGAGGGGUCUGCUAGUCCAUUUGUAGAAGUUGAUUUUGUGAACCAGCUUAGCCGAACCAAAACUGUUCCAAAGAACCUCAACCCCAUUUGGAACCAGAAACUUGUCUUCGACAUCCACCAAACUGAAAACUUCCAUCACAAAACCAUUGAAGUCUCUGUGUACAACGAGAGGAGAGUCCCUAUUCCUGGCCGACAUUUCCUUGGAAGUGUAAGAAUUCCUUGCUCAAAUACUGUUAAAAAAGGCAAGGAAGCUUAUCAAAGAUUCCAACUAGAGAAGAAGUGGUUUUUCUCAUCUGUCAAGGGUGAGAUUGGCCUAAAAAUCUAUAUUUCACUAGAAUCUGAACCCAAAUCUCCUCUACCCCAAACACUAGAAGCCCCUCCUUCCAAGUCUCAUCAACUACCAGAAAUACACAAAGUCCUAUCUCAUAGCAAAGUAUUCACUGCUGUUCCGAAAGCUGUUGCUACUGUUUCUUUGAUUGGCACUUCCUCUGCUCCAGAUCCAAAGAAGGAGACGAAAGAAGCAGUAACAUUCCAUCACCUACAAAAAUAUCAAGUGCAGAAAGCAGCAGGCAUUACCAUGCAGCCAGUUCGUCCGCAAGCUCCUCAUAGCUACGAAGAAGACUACGACCUCAAGGACACCAACCCUCAGCUUGGUGAGAGGUGGCCAAAUGGUGGAGCAUAUGGAGGAGGAGGAUGGAUGAGUGGUGGUGAGAGAUUUGCAAGCACUUAUGACCUUGUUGAGCAGAUGUUUUAUCUCUAUGUUCGAGUUGUGAAGGCCAAAGAUCUCCCUCCCAGCUCCAUUACCGCAAGUUGUGAUCCUUAUGUGGAAGUAAAGCUGGGCAACUAUAAGGGAAGAACAAGGCACUUCGAGAGAAAAAUUAAUCCGGAGUGGAACCAGGUCUUUGCUUUCUCAAAAGACCGCAUUCAGUCAUCUGUACUAGAAGUUUUUGUCAAAGACAAAGAGAUGAUUGGAAGAGACGAUUAUCUUGGAAGAGUGGUUUUUGACUUGAAUGAGAUUCCCACCAGAGUUCCACCGGAUAGCCCACUUGCUCCUCAAUGGUACAGACUUGAGCACCGCCGUGGAGAAGGCAAGGUUAGAGGUGAAGUCAUGGUUGCAGUUUGGAUGGGAACACAGGCUGAUGAAGCAUUCCCAGAUGCAUGGCAUUCAGACGCUGCAACAGUCUAUGGUGAAGGUGUUUACAAUAUCCGAUCCAAGGUAUACGUCUCACCAAAGCUGUGGUACCUUAGAGUGAAUGUGAUUGAAGCUCAAGAUGUGCUGCCUAAUGACAGAAGCCACCUCCCAGAAGUUUUCGUUAAAGCUCAGGUUGGAAACCAAGUCCUCAGAACCAAGAUAUGCCCAACUAAUACUGCUAAUCCACUGUGGAAUGAAGAUUUAGUCUUUGUGGCAGCGGAACCUUUUGAAGAGCAACUGACUGUCACCGUUGAAGAUCGAGUCCACCCUUCAAAAGAUGAAGUGCUGGGAAAGAUGAGCAUGCCCAUUGACAUGUUUGAGAAGCGGCUUGACCACAGGCCAGUUCAUUCGCGCUGGUUCAACCUUGAGAAGUAUGGCUUCGGUGUCUUGGAAGCUGAUAGGAGGAAAGAACUCAAGUUUUCGAGUAGAAUUCACCUGAGAGUUUGUCUUGAAGGUGGAUACCAUGUACUAGAUGAAUCAACCAUGUACAUAAGUGAUCAAAGGCCAACGGCAAGGCAGCUGUGGAAGCAGCCUGUUGGGAUUUUGGAAGUGGGGAUUCUAAGUGCACAAGGGCUUCUUCCAAUGAAGAUGAAGGGUGGCAGAGGAAGUACAGAUGCUUAUUGUGUAGCUAAAUAUGGCCAGAAAUGGGUUCGCACCAGAACAAUUCUCGACACACUGAGUCCUAGAUGGAAUGAGCAGUACACAUGGGAAGUUUAUGAUCCCUGCACCGUGAUAACGUUGGGAGUUUUCGACAAUUGCCACCUUGGUGGUGCUGAGAAACCAACACCAAUGGCAGCCAGUGCAGCAAGAGAUUCACGAAUUGGCAAGGUACGCAUUCGACUGUCAACACUUGAAGCUCAUCGAAUGUAUACACACUCAUAUCCACUCCUUGUUCUGCAACCUAAUGGAGUAAAGAAAAUGGGAGAACUCCAACUAGCAGUUCGGUUCACCACCCUUUCUCUAGCUAACAUGAUCUAUGUUUAUGGACACCCUUUGCUGCCAAAAAUGCAUUACUUGCAUCCUUUCACAGUGAACCAAGUAGACAACUUACGAUACCAAGCAAUGAACAUUGUAGCAGCGAGGCUUGGCAGAGCUGAACCCCCGCUUAGAAAGGAGGUGGUAGAGUACAUGUUAGAUGUUGAUUCACACAUGUGGAGCAUGAGAAGGAGCAAAGCCAACUUCUUUCGAAUCAUGUCACUGCUUUCCAGCAUGUUCUGCAUGAGCAGAUGGUUUGGUGAUGUAUGCAAUUGGAAAAACUCCAUGACAACAGUCCUCGUUCACAUUUUGUUUCUGAUACUGAUUUGGUACCCAGAGUUGAUACUUCCAACUCUUUUUGUCUACAUGUUCCUUAUUGGAAUGUGGAACUAUAGAUUCAGGCCUAGACAUCCUCCUCAUAUGGAUAUCAAGCUUUCAUGGGCUGAAGCAGUUCACCCGGAUGAGCUUGAUGAAGAAUUUGACACAUUUCCGAGCUCAAGACCACACGACAUUGUUCGAAUGAGGUAUGACAGGAUUAGGAGUGUGGCAGGGAGGAUACAGACCGUUGUGGGUGACAUAGCAACACAAGGAGAAAGGUUUCAGUCUCUACUCAGCUGGAGAGACCCAAGAGCAACCAGCCUUUUCAUAAUGUUCAGUCUUUGUGCAGCUGUGGUUCUUUAUGCGACCCCCUUUAGAGUGGUUGCUUUGAUUGCAGGAUUGUAUUACUUGAGGCACCCAAGGUUUCGAAGCAAGCUGCCUUCUGCACCAAGCAAUUUCUUCAGGAGAUUAUCAGCUCGACCAGACAGCUUACUAUGAAACUAAUCACUGGAAAAACUUAACAGUUCCUUAUGUUCUAUGUUAACCCACCUUAUCUGGAGCUUGUUCUUUAAUAAAUUGUGUUUAAAUUUCUUUUGUACCAGGUGUACAUCAUAAUAAACAAUUCAAGAUGAUUUUGUAGAUUGUUCUUGGAGAUCAGAUUUAUUCAGAUAGAAAACCAUCAGAGUAAGCUUGAU